CGACCGAAACGGAAUUCCGGUAGCAAAAGCACGGUAGGAGCCACGCCCGGACUUUGAAAACGCACCAUUGAAUGUCACUGCGACGCCUCAUGGCUCUUACGCGCUAUCACCUGCACAAGCGGCACUGUGUCGGCUAUAUUCCGCUCAUCUGUGCCUUUCUGUUCGGCGCCCUGCUCACGGCACUGAUCGCCAACACGAACCCCUCGUGUGCCCCGCUCGGCCGGCUGUACGAUCCCGAAAACUCCUACUUCCUGAUCCUGCUCGUCGUGACGGCACCGGAAAACUUCGAACGACGCACGACGAUCCGCGAAACGUAUCUUAACCUGCGGCCACGGCUCAUCAACGAGAGCUACCAGGACGAACUGAUCCACAUUCCACCGCUGACCGAGCACGGCCAGGUGCAACCGGACUCGAUCGCCACACAGCGCCAGCUGCUGGCCAACUACCGACAGUGGCAAGAGAAACCGAUCAAAAACAUUAAGGUGAUCAACUUUAAAAUUAAAACACUGUUCGCGAUCGGUACGGGAGGGCAACCGAAAAACGUGCGCCGUGCCCUGUACGAAGAGCAGCGCGUUUUCGGAGACAUACUUGAACUGGAGGACUUGCACGAUUCGUACGGCAAUCUGACCGUGAAGGUACUUCGCAGCCUGCAGCACAUCGACACGAAGUACGACUUCAAGUAUCUCGCCAAACUGGACGACGACACGUACGUGAAGUUGGACCUGCUGGCCGAGGAUUUGCUGAGCUACUACGAGAAGCUGCAUCGGGAACAUCAAGCAAGCCCGCCGCCGCCGGGCGCCACUCCGAUCGAACUGUAUUGGGGCUACUUUCGGGGGGCGGCCACCAUACAGAAGCACGGUGUGUGGCAGGAGCACGACUACAAGCUGUGCGAUCGGUACGGGCCGUAUGCCCUCGGUGGUGGGUACGUGUUGUCCCGGGGGCUGGUUUCGUUUAUCGCCAGCUAUGCGGACCGCUUGAGUGCGUAUCGCAGCGAGGACAUAGCGGUCGGAGCGUGGUUGGCACCGUUCCGUAACAUCCACCGGCGGCACGAUGUGCGCUUCGACACGGCCUGGAAACCGCGCGCAUGCCAAAACUAUCAUCUAUUGCUGCACAAGCGUACCGCGCGCCAUAUGCGCGAUCUGUAUCGGGGCGAGAUGUGCACGCACGAGGAUGAUACUCCGGCCGCGGGAGGAGGAGGACCUACGCCAGCCGAGUAUUACUACGACUGGUCACAACCACCGAGCUCGUGCUGCAGAACGUUGGUGUAACGCGAAAUAGCACAAUCUCCCUAAACACAUGGCCACUAAACACUCCCCAGUGCGCGAUCGACACACGAUCUCCAGCUCGCAGCUCCAGACGGCAGCUUACAAUGUAUUCGCGCCUAGAGUAGGCCACAUGAUCUUAACUAGCUGGUAAUCCCCAACUGACACAACACAGGCAGCAAUGAAAAACUGCAGUAUUUCUA